AUGUCUUUCUGGAAAGAAGCUGGUUUCUCCUACAACCGAUACGCCGCCGUUGCCGCGCGCGCUACCCGACGAGCAUUGAAGGACUCGCAGCGCAUCCGCGCCGAGAAGCGCGAGGCCGUCGAAAUCCGUGUUUCCAAGUGGGUCGAUGGAAAGCAGGGUGAAUUCAAGGACGUCACCAAGAAGGACUAA